AUGGCAGACGAAAAUUCAAGCAAUAGUUUGCCUCGACCGACCCCUUGCUUGAGUUAUUGGCAACGCACCACUCGGGCCUUCCCACAUUUAUUCGCGAAUCAAAACACCAGAGUCCCUACACGAGCGAAAUACGUAAUUAUCGGAUCAGGUCUUUCUGGCGCUCUCACAACCUUUGAGCUCCUAGAAGGAGGAGUGAAGGGCGAGGAUGUCAUCAUUUUGGAAGCGCGCGAAGCGGCCAGCGGCGCAACCUCCAGGAAUGCCGGUCAUGUCCGCCCCGAUGCAUUUCGUGGGUUCAGUGCCUACUCAAAGGUCCAUGGGCCAGAACAGGCAUUGAAGAUUAUCGCCAACGAGCGAAUUGUUCUAGAAAAAGUGGACGAGUUUGUGAAAAAGCAUAACGUGCAAUGUGAUUUCAACUUGACAUCUACUUUUGAUGUUUGCAUGACGCCUGAGUUUGCCAAAUACGAGGCAGAAAGUCUUGAAGCCUAUAAGCAAGCCGGGGGUGAGACGUCCCAUAUCAAGUAUUUCGAAGGCGAGGAAGCCCGAGAGAAGACCAGGGUCCUUGGGGCAGUUGCAGCGUAUGAGUGGCCGGCAGGAUCCAGUCAUCCAGCCAAAUUGGUUCAGUUUAUCUUACAGUCAAUGAUCGGAAAGGGUGUGCAGAUAUUCACAUUUUGUCCCGCUACGGCCAUAAAGGAAAGCGAAUCUGAGCCGGAACAGUGGGAUGUACACACCCCUCAAGGCACCAUAACCACUGAAAAGAUCAUACACUGCACAAAUGCCCAUGCGGCCCUCUUGCUCCCUCAAUUAGAAGCAUAUGUGCGACCAAACCGUGCUCAGGCCCAUUCUUUGGUUCCAAACCCGGCAUUUGGAGCUGAGAACGUUCUCCAGAAGACAUUUUCGCUCCGCUAUAGUCUCUACCAUUUCUAUUCUUUGAUUCAACGCAGAGUAGACGGUACACUCAUUCUUGGAGUCUCAAGAUCAAAUCCCACCUUAAGUCCUGAAACAUUGGCUAGUCGUUUCAGCACUGAUGAUACGCAUUACAAUCAAGAGAUUGCUGAUGACGCGCUGAAUAGCUUCACGAAGAUAUUUCCUGAUUAUGCAUCGCAAGGUGCUGUACAUGGUGAAGGGUUGGAUCAUUCGUGGACUGGAAUUAUUGCCAUGACACCUGAUUCCGUUCCGUUUGUUGGUGCUAUUGAAUCACUUCCUGGACAGUAUAUUUGUGCUGGGUUUAAUGGCCAUGGAAUGGCACGCAUAUUCACUAGCGCCCCUGGUGUGGCAAAACUUGCUUUAGGUCAUGACUGGUCCACGACUGGGCUGCCGGAAUGUUUUCAGUUUAGUCGAGAAAGACAGUCUCGACUUGCGGAGGGUGGACUGCCAUCUAUAUGGUAG